AAAAUUUAUUUGGUACUUCAGUAAUCUUCAAGUGUAUAGAAAGCUGAAGGGUCUUCUGAGCAUUGGUUAUGAAUGACUCUGAACGCUCUGAAGCCUUAGAAAAUUCUGGAGGUUCCCGAAGGCUCUGAAGGCAUAGUGACUAAAUCCUCGAAGGUCUUUGGAGCAUUUCAAAUUUUGAAGAUCUCGAAAAUUCCGCAUAAACUUCGAACACUUUCGAAGUCUUCAGGUGUUCAGAAGGCCAUUACAGAGAUUCAGCAAUUUCUACAGAUGCUAAAAAUGUCAAAACUGAUUCAUACUCCAUGGUUGAGGUGCCUAGUCUCAGUUAUAUAUUCCAGACAGACCCUCCACGUACGGACAAAGUAAAACCUUCUGAACAUCCCACCCCGUGUUUUUUUCUAAUAGCCACCGGUAUAAUAUUGUACUCGAAUGGUGUGACGUCAUAAAUAAUGCGGGAAAUUCGAAUCUCCGAAGUUCCGAACUGAUUGCAAUUAGUAAUUGAAGGCCACAUUCCAUACCCUACGCGCAUAUCCCGUGACUUAGUGAACUUUGCACUUGGACGCAUACAAAAAAAGGUGUUGUCUUCUGCUAUCCUUGGGUGGGCGCGUGUUGUGAUCAGAGUGCAAUUCGCCGAAUUUAUCAAAACUUAAUGGAGAACGACGAAGAGGAAUUGUACUGUGACAGCGUUUGCAUCGAAAUGCUUACGGGGGAGAAGCAGGACUGUUCGCAUAGCUUCUGCAAGGAUUUAAUCGAGAAGUGGCGUGGGCACAAAGAUGAUUGUGCGAUUUGCGUGCCCGAGCACCAAGACGAUGCCGUACCGGGUCCCUCAGGCCUCGCCAACAACGCGAAUGUCGGCGAUGGUUCCUCACCAAGCGCAUCAGAUGACGAAAGCAGUUCUUCGGAAGAAGAGCUAAGGUGGACUCGUCAUUUCAGCGUUUACUCAGAAGACAUCGAUGAUUCUGGCGCGAGUCACACUGCCACAAUUGGCGAAGGCUGCUCCGUUUACUCCGAUACAAUACAUAAGGGUAGAUGCGAGUCUGCUGCAAGCCUUGAUGAUUAUGAAGAAGGCCAUCUGAAGAUGUACCCCUGCCCGCUGCCGCCCCACCUACGCCAACCAGUUGAGUCCGAUACUGAUGCAGGUUUUGCUUCCGAUAGUUCCAGUUCAGGAAGACCCAGCCCUCAAGCUCCACUUCUGUUACUUGUGCUUGAUGUCCAUGAACGUCGCAAUCGGCGAAAUGAAUCCCGUGAGCAGUACAAGCGUGCGGACGAUGAAAAUUUUUCCAUCCCCGAAAGAUACGAGAGAUAUGCGGAGAAGUAUAAAUUUCGAAAAUAUGAUUCAUUUUAAAAUAUACUUAAUUUCUUCUAUCUGAUUCUUCUUUUCAGGUAGUAUUGUUAAAUUUUCAUUAUUUGCAUGAAGCUACUUUUGAUAUUAGCAAAACAAUGUCCAUUUUUGCUUGUAUUUUGUGCAGUUUUAAUAAAAUUAUCAAAGCAAAGUAACUGUGCCUACGUUCGCAAUAUGUCUACGCCCGUCUGGAAUUUGAAAAAUCCGUACAAUCGGAAAUCGAAGAAAUUGAAGAAUCCGAAAAAUUUGAUGGAUCUGAAGAAUGGGAAGAAUCCAAGGAAUCGCGAGAAUCUGAAGAAUACCAAAGGAUCCAGAGAACAGAAUUUGAAGAAACUGAUGAGCCUAUUUCAAGAACUUGAAGAAUUCGAAAAAUGUGGAAAAAGCAACAAACAUUUUGGAAAAACCGAAGAAUAAAAAAAUCGGAAAAAUUCAAAGUAUUCGAGUCAUACGUAGCUUCCCAUUACAUGCACAAAUCGGAAACAUCAGAAGAAUCUUGAAGAAGUUUGAAGAAUCCAAAGUGCGAAAAAAAGCAAAAAUUGAAGAUCUUAAUAAUCAGAUGAAUUAACAAUUUUUGAAGA